GGCUGAUUAAGCAGUGGGAGACGAGACAACUGAAUGUGUCCACUCUGCGCCUGUUUUAGUGUUUUUAUUUUCAUAAUAAUGAAAUGUAUGGACAGAAUUUGGAGCAGAAGCACAACUGAAUAAAGGGUGUGAACACAUGAACGCCACAUCCACAAUGGAAAACCUAACCCUGGCCUCCAACCAUUCAGAAUGCUACACGAUUGACAGCGAAUACAGGAGGAGGCCAUUUCUGUUUUUCUAUAUGGCUAUCAUCGUCACUGCCAUCCCAUCCAACGCCUUCUCCCUCUACGUGUCCUGGCAGCACAUCAGACAGAAGAACGAGCUCGGUGUGUAUCUGUUCAACUUGGCCCUGAGUGACCUGACCUUCACUAUCGGCCUUUCGCUGUGGCUGGACUUCCUGUGGAAAGGAGUUUGGGCUCAUGGAGGCUACGUGUGUGUGCUGUCUGUCUACUUUCUCUUCACUAACUUCUACACCAGCGAUGCUCUCCUCUGCUGCAUUGCUGUCGACCGCUACCUGGCAGUGGUUCACCCAUUAAAGUAUACUUUCUUGAGGAAAGUUAGCACUGCAGCAGCAGUCAGUGUUGCUAUUUGGGUGCUGGUGGUCUGUUUCAACGCCUUCACUAUCACCUGGGAGGACUCAUACCAUGAGAACAACAAGUUUUCAGUGUGCUUCGAUGUCUCCCUCCCACAGUCAGAGAGCCUGGCUCGGGCUAAUGUAGCACGCUUCAUCCUGGGCUUCAUUGUCCCCGUUCUCCUGGUGAUGUUUUCCACCUGGGGGAUCUGUAAGGCGGUGAAAUCCAAUCAGGCCACAGAGGAACAGGAAUGUAAGCGGAUUUCAAAGCUGCUGACGGUAGUUCUGCUCUGCCUUGUGCUCUGCUUUGGACCUAUCCAUGUUAUGAUGCUCCUCCGCACACUAGUGGAAGACUGCAGGAAAGUUGCAUGGCUCCAUUAUCCGUUCAAGUUCAGCAUAGCUGUCUCAACCCUCAACUGCCUUGCAGACCCUCUCCUCUACUGCUUCAUUACUAGAACAGGGAAAGCAAAUGUCAAUCAGGUUGUUCUAUUCUUCCAGGUAAAGAAGAAGAGCAAAGAUGAAGAUGUGGUGUAGGUAAAUAAAGUAUAGGACUUAAUAUAACUCCCUUGUGGUUAACUUAACAGUUAGACAUUAAACAGUAGGAUAUGACCCAGAAGAUAACAACUCAGUUAUAGAUACUGCUUCAACAACCCAAUCUCACUCCAAAGUCGUCAAAAUCCAGGGCUUGGACAGUGACUUGCAUCGUCAGAUAUUGACGAAAAAGCCAUCCUUUAACAUCAGCAUGAUGCUCGGCCAGUAGCUGUUACAGUUUAAUGGUGCUUAGCAGUAUCAGGGGGAAACGUAACGGGACAACAACGAAAGUUAAGGAAACAAAAGUCUGAGUGGGGUGGGCGGAUGGGUCCAACAAACACAGACUUUCACCCGGGAGAGUGGUGUUUGUGUCCCAUAGGAUUACAAAGCCAAGCCCUGUUCUUUUUUCCUGAACCCAACCAUGUACGUUCGUUGUUGAAGGGAAAAAAUAAUAAUUUGCGGUGUUUUCCCGCCGUCGUGCCUUUAUUUUGAAAGAGACUGUACGUAAAUGGUACAUUUCCUGUGUAAACGGAAGUGUAUUUUGAAAGAAGACAAUGCAUGUAACACCAUAACUUGACAUGGCGUCCCAGAAUGUCAACCUCCAACGCACCCAGGGUACUUUUUACUUUGUAUCUGGAGGUGGAAAGUCCAUGACCAAAUGUCAAUAUGAGACAAGGUCGGAGUGAGAAUGUGUUGGCUUCAAAUGUGAGGUAAUUCUCACUGAGCAAAAGUUUUUGUUACUGUCAUCAAAUGUCAUUAAAGGUCCAAAACCAGCAAUCGGUUAGUCUGUCUAAAAACUUUCUGAUACCUUGUCUCUAAUACUUUGACUCAACCCCACCACUGUUGGACGAAGUGUUCAGAUAUUAGUUAGGUAAAAGUACUGAUAACACACUAUGAAAAUGCACCACCACAUGUGUAAAAUUUACUUUAAGUAUCAAACGUUGUAUCACUCAGUGGGCCUCAUUCACCAAUGUGUGCACAGAAAUGUUCCUACUCUGCGUAUAAAACAAGUGUGCACACAAAACUACUGUUGGAUUAAUGACGCGAAUGUGCUGACCAAUUUGUUCCUACCAUCAUGACAUGUUUGUAAAUCAGAGUCACUGUAAUUGACAGGUGCAUGCCCACUAUUUGCACACUGCCACCUAUUUCUCAACAGAAAGUACAGUAUGUGUGCCUGGAGGUGUAUCAUGGAGAAAGCAAUAAAGUUGUGUACACGCACAUAUUAAGGCCCUGACACCUUAGUGUGGGGUCGUUGGUGAGCAUCUGUGAAUGUCUUUGCGGUCAGAAACAGCUGAGAGGCUGAGUUAAUUUUUCUUUAUCAAAACAUUUUUUGAUUAAUGCAGUUUUAAUAUACUAUGGAUUUAAUUAAAAGGUGUGUUUUUACAUUUUCCAAGACAGCAGGGCCUUCACAAUUGUGCAUACAGAAAGCCUGAGGCAGUUUUAAAUUUGUUUGCAAUGUAUGAACAAAUUCAGGUACACACCUAUGGGCAAAUUAGAGUCACCAAUUAACCUGACUUACAUGUCUUUGAACUGAGGGAGGAAGCCGGAGUACCCAGAAAGGACCCACACUGACAUGGAGAGAACAUGCAAGCUCGAAGCUCGAGUUCGAACUGCCCACCUUGGGUUUGAACCAGGAAUCUUCUUGCUGCACCACUGUGCCGCCCCCAUGGUCACUGUUCAGUGUUUCACUAUUAUAAAGGAUGUUUCUGGGUUGAAUUAACUACUUAAAAUACUACUGGGUAGUUCACUCUACAGCAAUGCAUCAUAUUCUACAGUAUAAAUCAUCAUAUGUUUGUAGUGUGGCUAUCUUGUGAGAUACACAUAUGUCCUACAGUCAACUUUUCAUGAGCUCAGAAAAAGCAGCCCUGUUUCAGCUUUGUGAGGACGCAUUUUCCAGCUGAAUCCAAGAGGGUUUUUAAAGAGUUUAUUUAUCUUAGAAAGUAGGAGAAUUUCCUUAACAGCCCACAAAGGAAUACUUAAUCCUUCAGUUAAUCUGAAAAAUUCCAAACAGAUUUAGAGAUACAUGGUUUUCACUGCACAUGAAGGCUGUGAAACACCAAAACCUCAAAGGAGACCAGCUGCCACACAAAAAUGAGUGGAGUAAAUAGCCAGGGCAAAGCCAGAUCUUGCAAACACUCGGGGCUUAGCCCAAACUUAAGGGGGGUCAAAGGCAUGCGAUUUCCUUUUAUGGCAGGUACAUGCACUUUGAGAUGAUAGAAUGUCUAAAAAUCUGUACAUUGUUUUGGAAAACCUUGAUAGCUGCUGAAGAAGAAAAGUCAUCCUGUUGAUCCUGCAAGGUUUUUUGAAUGUAAUUGUUCCCCAACUGUCUUCAUCAUUCUGAAACCAUAACACAGCAGAUACUGAGGAUGACUAAUUUUCACUGUUGACAAAGAAAAAGAGGCAAAAAUUCUCUGACGUUACCAUUUUUGAGUUACAUAACAAUUGUUAAGUAGGAGUUUGGUGUAAACAGCUAGCCUGUUCUUAUUCCAAAGUCAUCAAGUACUGUUGCUUUGUCAGUUCUUUCGGUGUCAUACACCUAAAGCCACCUUUCACAGCAGUGUGAUACUGGACCAAACCUUUUGCAGUGUUAUGAUAAGCCACCAGUUGGCCAGACAGCACCUGUCACAGCAGUACAAUACAUGGACAGGAAGCAUCAGUUCAUAACAUGGUCACACGGCACCUGUUGCGGCGGUAUGAUACACCACUGGACACUGUCAGGUCAUUCUCAGAACCCAGAGGCUGUAUCCGGCGUCUGACUUCCGUCAGACGGUGAUACAGCCUGUGGUGGCAGACCCCUGAUUUUUUGGCAUUCCGGUUUGAUUUGGGUGGAGGAGGCGAAUUUCCGUUUCCGACGUUUAUAUAUAAGUAAAUAAACUGAACCAUUGCGAUGGAUUCAGAGUUUGCAGUGACGCCAAUUAUGUUCUGCCUCGUUAGUUCACCGCACGGACCGCUUAACCUGGCAACAACUGCAGCCGGCUCAAACGUGAUUGGUCAAUAUCACGCGGACUACAAACAGCCUAGCACCGGAAACCAGGGCUCUUCCGCUCUUCUUCCGGAGGCAAGAUCUCCGGGGUUUGCCUACAGACUCUACAUUCACUGAAUGUAGAGUCUGUAUAU